CGAAUGAAUUGUCGUAGUUUAGAAAAGGUUCACAGUGGAGUCCCGUGUGCGUUCAAAGGUCAUUGAGAGAUUGAAUGAUUUCUACGCGUGUGUGUUUUUAACUGGAGGCUGACCUCUUUUCCUUGAACUCCAGGGCCGCAACAUUCUGCAAAUUCGUGUUGCAACAUUUUCUUCGUAAUCAACAGUGUUUAACAGUCCUCCUUUGCUCUGCUAACAAUGUCUUCACCACCAUCAUCAGAACCUUUGAAGGUUUGCAUCCUUGGCUCUGGCAAUUGGGGUUCUGCCAUCGCAAGGAUAGUCGGCGCCAACGCAAAGGCCAAUAAUGAAUUUGUUGAUGAAGUCAACAUGUGGGUGUUUGAGGAGAUGAUUGAGGGAAAGAAACUAACUGAAAUUAUCAACACUACACACGAGAAUGUUAAAUACCUGAAGGGAUACAAGAUUCCAGAGAAUGUGGUUGCGAUCCCAGACGCUAAAGACGCAGUGAAAGGAGCAAACAUCAUCAUAUUUGUCAUACCACAUCAGUUCAUUGAGAGGAUCUGUAAAGAUAUUCAAGGCUGUGUUGAGAAAGAUGCUUUGGCAAUCUCCCUGAUCAAGGGUGUGACUGUUAAGGACAAUGGUUUGCAGUUGAUAACGGAAGUCAUCAAAUCUUAUCUCAACAUCGAAGUCAACUGUUUGAUGGGAGCAAACUUGGCCCCUGAAGUGGCAGCCGGAUACUUCUGCGAAACAACAAUAGGUUGUCGGGACGCUGAAGCCGGUAAAAUGUUGAAGACACUUUUCCAGGCAGACUACUUUAGAAUUGUGGUUGUUGAGGAUGCGACAACAGUAGAGCUAUGCGGAGCGCUAAAGAAUAUAGUAGCUGUUGGUGCCGGAAUCGUUGACGGUUUGGGUCUUGGAGACAACACUAAAGCUGCCGUUAUCCGACUGGGUUUAAUGGAGAUGGUGGCCUUUGCCUCGGAGUUCUACAAGAAUACCGAGACAGCAACAUUCUUGGAAAGCUGUGGAGUUGCUGAUCUCAUCACCACUUGUUACGGAGGAAGGAAUCGAAGGGUGUCUGAGGCAUUUGUAAAAACGGGAAAGAGUAUUGAAGAGCUUGAGAAAGAGAUGUUGAAUGGUCAGAAACUACAAGGUCCAGAAACUGCUCGAGAGGUUAACCUCAUGCUCAAGGCUAAAAAUAUGACAGAUAGAUUUCCUCUGUUUACAGCAAUCUUCAAGAUCUGUUACCAAGACCUUCCUGCAAAGGACCUGAUUGGCUGCUUAAACAAUCACCCCGUUCACAUGUAGACACUUGGUGAUCACCUGACCUGAUCACAUGGUCAGUUUCAGCAGUCACCUGACAAAGUUCACUUGCUGACCAUGUGGUCUCAACAAGCUAUCACAUGGUAUACACGUAUAUAUUUAUGACAUGUAAAGAGACUACUAAACUGGUCUUCAUGUGAUUGGUAGUCACAUGGUUAGACCAUGACCACGUGACCACAUGGCACGUCACCUGAUCUAGUCUCAUGUGAACAAUGUGGUGAAUGAUCACAUGACUCACAUGUAGACCAUGUGAUCAAGUUAAAUACUGAACAGGGCCCAAUUUCACAGUCUGCUUAACCAGCAAAUAGUGUUUAAUUUUUUUUAGCUAAUCAAAAAAAUACAUUGGGUGUAAGCAAGCACAUUUCUUGUUCACAGUAAGCAACAUCUCCAUUAAAGCCAUUGGACCCUUUCGGUACAGAAAAAAAGAAGAACAAAAAUCACAGACUUACAAAUAAUUUACAGG